ACUGCUGCAUCUGAUGUCUAUAAGAGAUAUCUGGUAGAAAAGGAGAAGCUAAAAGAGGUUUUUGCUAAUCAUCAUGGUCGGGUCUGCUUUACUUCUGAUUUGUGGGUAUCUCGUGCCACAAUGACAGGAUAUAUCUGCUUAACAGCCUCCUUCAUUGAUGCUAGCUGGAUACUGCACAGUAGGAUAUUAGCUUUCUUGGACAUGAAUUGUGCACAUACUGGUGAAGAGCUUGCUCGUGUGGUUCUUGAGUGUUUGACAGAUUGGGGCUUGGAGAAAAAGGUUUUCUCCAUUACCUUGGAUAAUGCUUCGAACAAUGAUAGUAUGCAAAGAAACCUAAAUGGACAGCUUCAGAUGAUUGGUGGAAGUGGUUUGGUAUGUGAUGGUAAGUUCUUUCAUGUGAGAUGUUGUGCACAUAUCUUGAAUUUGAUAGUGAAAGAAGGCUUGUUGUUAGCAAAUGAUUUGUUAAAUGACAUUAGGGAGAGUGUUAGAUAUGUUAAGGCAUCUCCACAAAGAAGAAACGCUUUUUCAGCUUGUGCAGAGAGAGAAAAGGUCAAACCUGGUGCAGGAUUGUCUCUUGAUAUAAAGACCAGAUGGAAUUCCACAUACGAUAUGCUUGUGAGAGCUUUGAGGUAUAGGAAAGCAUUUGAGAGCAUGGAGACUUUUUGA